GAGAGAGAGAGAGAGAGUGCGUGAGAUCGGGAGGUUACUCGUCGAGCGAGAAAAUCGGGAAGAUGUGAUUACCCCGGUUGACAAACCGCUCGUUAUUGAGUCACUCGCGAAGUGUCAUUGCCGAGCUAGAUGCGGGACGUGGUCGCUCGUUGAGCACCGAGACGACACGAUGCCUGGGAAGAUAAAGGUGAAGAUACUGGCGGGUCGCAACCUGCCGGUGAUGGACCGUUCCGGCGACACGACGGACGCCUACGUGGAGCUGAAGUUCGGCAAUAUAACUUACAAGACAGACGUGUGCCGCAAGUCCCUGAAUCCGCAGUGGAACUCGGAAUGGUAUAGGUUUGAAGUCGACGACGCGGAGCUGCAGGACGAGCCGUUGCAAAUCAGACUGAUGGACCACGACACUUACUCCGCCAACGAUGCGAUAGGCAAGGUUUACGUAAAUCUGAAUCCGUUGUUGCUGCCCGGUAUGCUGCCGCCGGUGAAGAACAUUUGGACCCUGGAGGCAACUACGAACACCAGUGCCGGUUCGCAAGGAUCAGUUAUGACCGGAUGGAUACCUGUAUUCGACACGAUGCAUGGCAUACGCGGCGAAGUUAAUAUUAUCAUUAAGGUGGAGCUGUUCUCUGAUUUUAACAAAUUCAGACAGUCGUCCUGUGGUGUACAAUUUUUUUACUCACCCAAUAUACCAUACGGAUAUCAUGCGCAAAUGAUACAUGGAUUUGUUGAAGAGCUCGUAGUUAGUGACGAUCCGGAAUACAAGUGGAUCGAUAAAAUUAGAACGCCUAGAGCGUCGAACGAGGCACGGCAGACUCUGUUUUUCAAAUUGAGCGGGGAAGUCCAGAGAAAGAUCGGAUUGAAGGCAUUGGAUCUCGGUGGAAAUGCCGUGAUUGGGUAUCUUCAAAACUUCGAUCUGGAAGGCGAGUCCGGUAUCGUUGCCAGAGGGAUAGGCACGGCGGUGACGCUCGUAAAACUGCACGAUGUUCUCGGCUUUCCUUGCGACAGCGUCAAUAUCGAGGAGCAGCAAGACGAGGCGUCGGUCAGUCCGUCCUGCCCGCUUCCGGCCGUUCCCACGGUGGCCGCGAAAAUGUCCCAGUCACCGGCGACCAGAACGCUCGCCAGCAUGCCGCUUCACCGGAGAUCGAGCGAUUCCGAUCUGAGCGUCACGCCUAAAGGUAACUCUCUUGGCAGUAGUGACAAAUCGAUAGCGGGACCCCUAAGGACACCGACUGCGGUGGUCAGACCUAUGAAUCAAGACACGUUGGAAAUGUUAGAGUAUCCGUUCAUCACUAUGCAACAUUAUCCACCUGGCUUCAUAUUACAUAUAGGCGGUCUAGUGAGCUCGAAGUCGGUGAAGUUACUCGAGAGGAUAAGUAAUCUGGAGGAGCCGGAAGGCCGUGAUUCGUGGUGGACCGAAAUUAGGAUGGAAGUUAGGUCGCACGCGAGAGCGCUGGGCUGCAACGUUGUUAUAGGCUACAAGGAAGAAACUAGUAUAUGUGACGACGUGUGCGUGCUGAGUGCUUCCGGCACCGCGGCAGUCAUAAAUUUUCAUAAUUCCGGUCAGGAUCCGGACGGCGUGGUUCUGAAUAAACUGCAGCAAAGCGUGCCCGCGGCCGCCGUGGAUGCGGAGAAGGGCCAGCAGAAGUCCGUGACGAUCCAGAAGGCGGAGAGGGUCGACGGCGACGCGUCCGUCGUGACUCACUCGGAACGGCAGAACGGGAAGGUGUGCAAGCAUCCUGCCGAGAGCAACGAUCAUGAUCAGGCCACCUGCGGCCAGUCUCAGCUGCGAUGCAACCUGUGCCAUCUCCCGUACAGCGAGGGUAGCGUGCCGUUCAGGGUCAACGUGUCGAAGUGCGCCAUAUGCAAGCGUGCCAAAGUCCCGGACGUGAUGUUCACCACCAUAGAAGUGCCCGCGAACGUACCGACGACCGGGCGGGGCUGCUUCAUUCAGGCGACCGUCUGCAAGAGCAAGAAGGACCUGCGGGGCGAGUUGAACGCGAAGGAGAUAUCCGAUUGCCUGCCGUUCUUGGAAUACGAGCUGCACAGCUUGUUGCUGAACAAGCUCAAGAUGAAGGGCAUGAAUGCGGUGUUCGGGCUCAGGUUGCAGGUCUCCGUCGGGGAACGCUUCGUAAUCGGCAUGGCGGUGGGCACCGCGGUCUACUUGACGGCGCUGCCGCCGCCCACCAUCCCGCAAAUAGCGUCCGGCAAUUCGUGGCACAACGAGGAUCAAUUGGGGGAGAUGCAAAAGUCCAUCGUCGAUACGGUGAAGAAGAAUAGAGAGUUUUACCGUCUGAAACCUAUCGGAGUCAACGAAGUCGAAAACGGACGCAUUCCGAGCACUUCCGACACAGACGAGUCGGACGAGGACCUGCCGGAGCUCGAUCUUGGACUGGGCACUCGCGACGCGUGCGUCCUGGAAGUCGACGACAUCGAGGACAUGGACCGGAUAUCGUCGUUGAUGGACAACAGACCGCCCGACGAUUUUCACGUCGUUAACACGCAGACGAUACCUGGCCUCGAGGAUUUGGAAAUCGUCAGAAAUUUACAAAUGUUUACGCAAAUCUCAAGGGCUAAAAUUCCCAUGGGACAAUUCGCGUCGAUGCCGUCGAAAUAUUUUGCCAGAUUACUUCAGUCCUUGUAUUUCAAAUUAAGACGGAUGGUUCCCUGUGCGCUGUGCGAUAUGCAGUUUAAAGUAGCAUUAUCGGAACAAGACGAGAUACAGCUGACUGUCGUUGGUAUGGCACUCGGCUUGGGAGAACUGUUGAAUGCGAAUAAAUAUAAACGGAAAAUCGUGUGCCGUUCCUUGAGCAAGGAUCAAGUGAGAAAGUCAGAUGACAGUGAUAUGAUAUUUAGCCUAGACGAGGAUCAUCUGGAGAACAAUGUCACGUCUGACAAUGCAACACGUACUUGUGUAGGAAAUCUCGCGACCCUAAGUGGUACCCCUGUACAAAAGCCAAGACCACGCUCACCUUUGCGUUUAAAGUCAUUCACUACUCAUAGACGUAAACAUGUGCCUUUGAAAGGAAGAUAUGGCGUAGACAUAACACCUUUGUCUUAUCUACCAGGUGGAAGGAUAGAAAGGUAUCAAGGCAACCUAAAUUUCUUUUUUAUCCGCGAAAGUACGUCAAUAAGGGAGAACGGCGGAUUGAGUGGCUUCACCCACAGUUUCGUAAUGGAAGUUUUGGCGAUUGUUCGCGCGCACAUUACGGCAUUAGGCGGUAACGCCAUGGUGGCGUUCUUUAUGACGCAGUGCGUGCUUCUUCACAGCCCUCACAAAAAUCAAGGUCAAUGUCUCAUUAACGUGGGUGGCGACGUUGUGACUGUGUCCUAUUAUGCGGACGAGAAGCACAGCGCUGCUUCAAAUUGCUGACCCCAGCCUCCACAUUCGGCGCCGCCAUGAACGACUAUUUAAUACAAUUAAUGAUGUGAUUAAAUAUUUGCCAAUAUCUCAAUGCUGUAGAUAGAAUUCGUAUACUGUCGGUUCCGCGAGACUUUUAUUGCAUUGCAUAAUGCCUAAUCUCAAAAUGUUUCUUCGUAGCAAUCGACAUUGUUAUUUAUUAAUUUAUUUUACCAAGGUAAAAAAUUCAAUAAUUAAUUAAAGAUAUUAUUUUCUUUACAAAU